AUGCCAGCACGAGCCAUAAGAGGUGUCCUUGUCGAGUGCGACCCGUCGAUCAAGUCCAUCAUCGUCAACAUAGACACCAAGAGCGGCCACGAGUACAUCAUCGACGACCUGGAUGACGAGCACGUCGUGAUCAAGGAGACGAUGCUGCAGAAGCUCAAGCAGAUGCUGGAGGACCGCCUGAGGGAGACGACUCAGCAGCACGGCGGCGACGAGUCUGGGUCCGAGUGA